AUGGGAGAGCAAGUAAAGAGACACCUAUUUCAGCCAAAAAAUGUCAUUAUAACCUGUUCGACGUCGGGCAAACUCACUACCACCUUGAUUGAACAUUGGCGAGAUAACUGUUUUCUUCCACUGGUUGGUCCUAAAUGUUUGCUGCUAUCAGACAGUUACCCUGGGCAAAGUCGCGAAGAACUCUAUCUACCUGAAAAUUGCGGUGGUAAGAAGGUCACACGUUUACAAAUACCACAAAAUACAACUGACGACUUACAGCCACUAGACUGUUAUUUUAACAGGCAGAUUAAAAAUUUCCUGAAAGCGUGUUAUCAUCGUGUAGCGCUAGAUGAGCUAGAUAUACACUUACACGAACGAAAUAACAUCAUACGUUUAGUAAGUUUAAUGCACCAUCAAUUAAGCGCUGAUGUAUUCACACCAAUGAUUAAAUACGCCUGGUUCUCCAGUAGUUUAUUACGUGAAGAUCCUUCUCCAUUUGUCAACGUCAAUCAAGUUUGUUUUCCGAGUUCUGAAACUCAUAUGGAGUGUGAAGAAAAUCACUGUGGUGAAUCUAUUUUUAUAACUUGUGCUCGAUAUCAAUCUAUUGUUCGAAUUGUUAAAUACUUAGGAAAAACCCCAUCAUGUUGCUUAUACAAUCAAUUAAAAGAAUCUUUGAAAAGUGGCAACGGUGCAUCGAUCACUUCUUUACGUGAACAAAAUGGACAAUUUGCGUGUACAAGUUCAACAAAAAUAAUUGAAAAAAACUUGGAGUUUCGGCCAGAAUGUAUAAAAACAACAAGUAUCAAUAAACUACAAGCUUGUCAUAUCAAUCAGAUGUGUACAGUUGAAAUACGUACUUUUAAUAAUCAAAUUUCUUUGACUGCAACAUCGGAUACAUCCUUUAUACAAAUUGAUAAUCUCGAGCAAGUUGAUGAAGAAAUCGAUAACAUUAUAAACUCAUGUAAAACAGACAAAGGUCAAAUUCUCUUCGUGGAACCAAUUGACAAUCAAUACAAAUGCCAAGGUUGUGGCGGUACAAAUCUUACCGAGAACGAGAAUACAAUAUCGUGCAGCAGCGAUUGUCGAUCUCGCUUGUUGAAAGACAAAACGACCGAAAGUCUUUACAUGAAAGUUAAAAUCGUCACAUAUGCGAAUGAAGAAUACAAUCUGAAAACUAGUCAAUCGACCAUAUUCGCAUUCUUGAACAAAACUAGUGCCUUAAAGACCGAUGCCAAAGAAUCGACCGAUCUCGAAGAAAAUAUCUAUCUUAUCGUAGGAUUGAACGUUCAGUUUACUUAUGAUUACCACACUGGUGUUAUCAAUAAUUUUGAAAAUCUGAAUCAAAACCAAUUACAGGAUCAAAAUCAUCUAUCUACAUGA